AUUAUCUGACAGUUCGUAAAUAUGAAUCAUACUUUUAUUUUUAACGUUGUGUAAGCUAUAAACAAAAUGUUUUCGAGCGGUCCAAAUUAUACAAAACUAAAGACAAACCUCCGUUUGGCAAUAGCUAGGCUUAAGUUGUUGGAAAAGAAAAAAAGUGAACAAACUGAAAAGACCCGACGAGAAAUCGCUGAUUUUAUUGCAAACGGAAAGUAUGAACGGGCAAAAAUUCGAGUCGAAUACAUUAUUAGGGAGGAUUACUUAGUCGAAGCAAUGGAAAUUGUGGAAAUGUAUUGUGACUUACUCUUGGCAAGAUUUGGAUUGGUGACUAAUAUAAAAGAAUUAGAUGAUGGUAUAGCAGAAGCUGUGUCCAGUUUAAUAUGGGUUUCUCCAAGGUUGCAGUCAGAUUGCCAGGAAUUAAAAAUAGUUUCAGACUUGUUAACAUCUAAGUAUGGACCUUCAUAUGCAGAAGCUUGCAGAAUUGAAUCUGUUGAUACUAUUAGUGCAAAACUUAAGCAUAAGCUUUCUAUUCAUGCACCACCAAAAAUUUUGGUGGAGAAAUAUGUAAUUGAAAUUGCCAAAUCUUAUAAUAUACAUUAUGAACCUGAUCCUCAAAUCAUGGAAUUGGAUAAAGGCAAAGAUGCUUUAUUAAUAGAUCUUUCACAGGAUAGAAAUAAUUUGGGGGGAGGAGGUGGAGGAAUGCCCCAACCCCCAGGAUUUUUUGGUUUUCCACAAGCUCCAGCAUUACCUCAUUUUGAAAUGCCACCAGCACCGUUUUCAUACCCAAAAAACCAAGAUCCAUCAGAUAUGGGAGCCUCGGCACCGCCUCCAUUUUCAUACAACAUACCACCUGGAAAUGAGCCAAAAGAAUCCAACACAGAUUUUAUGGAUAAUAAUUUACCACAUUAUAACAACCUUUACCCAAAUAAUUUACAGGAUAUGAAAAAUGAUAAUCCUUUGAGUGAUGAUAAUUUAGAGUACAAUGACGACAAACCGAAACCAAUGCCCAGGACAAAAAUGAACGAUUUACCAGAUUUGCCAUCAGUCCCAUCAAAUAUUUUACCUAACAUACCAUCUAACAAUCCAUCCGAUGAUAUUGAUUUUGAUGAUUUGACAAAAAGGUUCAAUGAGCUCAAGAAGAAAUACUAAUUACUGUUCAAAUAUUAUAUAUUAAGUUUUUUAAGAAAUUGUGGCGGUUAAAAAUGUAUUGUUAUGCCUAAUAUUUAAAUAUAAUUUAUAUUCAACACCCGCAAGAAAUAUGUAACUUAGUGGCCUUACUAAGAGUGGGCUAAAUAAUGAAUUGCCUUAUUG